UCAGAGUAAAGUUAUAUUAUCUUGUUCAAAAAAACAAAAAGUAUAGUUUUAGUAUCCUUUAAUUUUAGGGAAUACCAAUCAUAAGAUACAUGUAAUUUGAAAAUCUGUAGUAUAAAAUCUGUGGCUGAGGCUAUGGACAUUCUCAAAAUCCUUCAACUCAGUACCUAUAAAUUAGCUUAAUGCUAUUACGGAGUCCGAUUACCUUCAGAUAUUCACAAUAAAUGCUUGGAUCACUCCUAUUUUGCUUUCAUUGACUCGGCUAAGUAAUGAAAUAGAAACAAUGAAUAAUCAGCCCAAAGACCAAAAUCUCAAUUAUCAAAUGAAUACUUACCAAAUAAGCAAAACCAAUCUGCAUAUUAUUAUGUUGAUACUAUAAUUAUUGUUAUUAUUCACACGCGGAGCCAAUUAAUGGACUAAGCAAUCGCUUGGCCCCAAUAGUUUCAAUUUCCAUUUCUAUGAAUUCAAAUUGAAAAAGAAAAAAAAAAAAUCGCCACUUCCUUCCAAAAAAAAAAAGAGACAGAAUUUAGUAAUUUAGCUCCAUUCUGACAUUUAAAUUUUCUUUCAACUUCAAAUAUUUUCAAAUGUUCAAAUUUGUGUACGAGCAAAUUAAGAGAAAAGAACAGUAUUUCUUCCUUUAUUACACUUGAUCCGAUUCUUUAAAACCCGAAAUUAUUAUGAAUUUUUCUUAUAAAAAUUUCACAAAAUCUACUUCAAGAUUUGAAUAAACACGUCCAUAGUAUAUAUAAUUCUCCGGCUGAAGUCAUGGACUCCGCGCCGUUACUGGGUAGCUCCAUAGGCCACAACAACCUCAUACGGAGUCGACGAGUUGUGCGCCGUACGCCGUUUUCGCUGCGUCGAGCGGCUCGGAUACUACGGCGCGCCAGCGGGAGCCGAAUGAUGCUCCGGGAGUCGUCGGUUCAGGUCCGAGAGAACGCGGCGGAGGAGCUCGAACAGAGGCAAAGCGGGUGGGCUCGCUCGAAAGCCAUAAUUUUGCUUGAUGUUUUGUGGAACUUGGUGUUUGUGGUUAGCGGUAUUGCUGUGCUGUGGCUGAGCAUGAACGAAAAGCCUUCCGUGCCGUUGAGACUAUGGGUGGUCGGCUACAUGUUUCAGUGUCUUUUUCACAUGGGUUGCGUCUUCGCGGAGCACGUGCCGGAGACGGAAGCGUUCCGGAGCAGUCGGGAUUGGGAAAGUAGUGGAAAUUGGAGUUCGAGUUCUGGGAGCGAUGUUGAAUAUUCAAUUGAACAGAGUGAGGCCGAUGAUAAUUCCAGUAUUCUAAAGCAUCUGGAGUCUGCAAAUACUAUGUUUUCCUUUGUAUGGUGGGCUGUUGGAUUUUACUGGGUGACUGCUGGGGGUGGAUGUUUGACUCGUGAUUCACCUCAACUUUAUUGGCUUUGUAUUACCUUUCUAGCUUUUGAUAUGGUCUUUGUCAUUCUAUGUGUUGCCAUCGCUUGUCUCGUGGGUAUUGCUAUUUGCUGCUUUCUGCCCUGCAUAAUUGCAAUUUUAUAUGUUGUAUCGGAUCAGGAGGGAGCAACAGAAGAAGAAAUUGAUAAUUUGCCAAAGUUCACAUUCCGCAUAAUGAGUGAUUCAGAGAUGGUUAAUGGGGAGAACAAAGAAUCUAUUCAAGGAGUAAUGAUCGAAUGUAACACAGAUUCGCCAACUGAACGUCAACUUUCUCAGGAGGAUGCAGAAUGUUGUAUCUGCCUCUCAGCGUAUGACGAUGAAGCCGAAGUGAGGGAGCUUCCAUGCCGUCACCAUUUCCAUUGCAGUUGCAUAGACAAAUGGUUACACAUAAAUGCUACAUGCCCUCUUUGCAAGUUCAACAUCUUGAACCUCAACAACAACAAUGAAAGUGACAGGAGUCACUUUAAUGUAUAGCAAGUUAUGUACUUGGUUUCUGACUGUUAGAGCCUUUUUUCUAUAUCUUAUUAUAGAUAAAUCGGGUUGCCUUUUGUGUAGGAGAUUCAGUUAUCCUGGCAAUAAUCUCUCUCUCUACUAUUUCUAAUGUAUACAUGUUAGUUAAAAGAAACAAUUCGUUUCCAAAGACUUAACUGAUGUUAAAAAAAAUAAAGAAAAAAACAAGACUUGACUGAGA